AUGGCUUCUCUAACGACGCUCAAGCUGACAAAUCGCUCUCCCAAGCAGGGCAUCAAGAAGCUGCCGCCGUCAAUCGACCUCCCCGCCGGCGCCACGGUCGAAGAUGUCAAGAAGCUGAUUGCCAAGCAAGCCGGCAUCAACGACCACAACCGCGUCGGCCUGUUUUACACGUCGACGAGGAAGACGCUCAAGGACCGCAAGGCUGUGAUUGCCGAGGAUAAGGAUGUUGCUGAGGCGGGCGAAGUGCUCGUCAAGGAUCUCGGCCUCCAAAUCGCCUGGAGAACUGUCUUCGUCAUCGAGUAUCUCGGCCCUAUCCUCAUCCACGGGCUCGCCGUCGCCGCCCGGCCGUACCUCGUCAAGGACCCGUCCAUGUCCCCCUCACAAUGGCUCAGCUUCGGCAUGAUCAUGGCGCACUUUGUCAAGCGUGAGAUUGAGACGCUCUUUGUCCACAAGUUCUCCGCAAACACCAUGCCCGCGCGCAACAUCUUCAAGAACAGCUUCUUCUACUGGGCCUUCUCCGGCGCCCUGUGCGCCUGGUCCAUCUACUACAGCCCCUGGUCGCUGGCUGCCACCGCAGACCAGCCUCUUGUUGACGCCGCCGGCACCGUGCUCUACCUGUUUGGCGAGAUUAGCAACGCGCUGGUGCACCUGUACCUCUCCAGCCUGCGGUCGUCUGGCGGCACCGAGCGCAAGAUCCCCUACGGCUACGGCUUCUCGCUUGUUACCUGCCCUAACUACAUGUACGAGAUUCUGGCGUGGGCUGGUAUCAUCAUUGCCAGCCGUGACUGGUCUGUGGCGCUCUUCAUCGCUAUUGGUGCGGGGCAGAUGUUCGUCUGGGCCAAGGGCAAGGAAAGGGCAUACCGCAAGGAGUUCGGCGACAAGUACAAGAAGAAGCGCUUUGUUAUCCUUCCCGGACUGUUGUAA